AUGAGUCUCUCCGCCAGAUUGGCUUGGCGGGCGACGACGAGGUGUACCGCGAGGUCAAUACCUGCUCUCGUGAGGUCCGCGCCCAGACCCACGAUAGCAUCAACCCCACGGUGUCUCUUCUUCACAAAGGCCCAGUCAUGGUCGGAUCACAAGCCCCAACAGAAAAAGCCAGAGGAGAAUCCUACCGGGACUCAACCUGUACACGAUAACGAUACCAAGCCCUCACGCCCCGCUGCCGUCCUGCACGAAGACAUUUACACGCUGCCCAACAUAUUAACCUUCACACGUCUCGUCGCUGCCCCGGUCAUUGGAUACCUCGUUCUUCACGAUCAGCACGCAUGGGCAGUUGGCCUCUUUGCCUAUGCCGGUGUAACAGAUCUCCUCGAUGGAUGGAUUGCGCGUCGCUGGGACAGCAAGACAGUCGUGGGCACAGUCAUUGAUCCAAUGGCAGAUAAAACUCUCAUGACGAUCCUGACCAUUUGUCUGGCAGCCAAGGGCGCAUUGCCGAUUUGGUGCGCUGGCAUCAUCCUGGGUCGUGAUGUCGGCCUCGCUAUUUCUGCAAUUUACUACCGAUGGAUUUCUCUCCCUCCACCAAAGACAUUUGCCCGCUAUUGGGACUUUUCACUUCCAUCAGCUGAAGUUCGCCCCACGACUAUUAGCAAGUACAACACCUUCUUGCAACUUGCGCUCGUCGGAGUCACGACUGCUGCGCCCCUUUUGAGCACCGACUUGUCAUCUGCCCUGACAGUCAUGCAAUACGUCGUUGCUGCUACCACCAUUUGGAGUGGUGCAAGCUACAUCUACACAAAGGAUGCAGUAAAAAUCCUUAAUAAGCAGAACUCUAAAAGAGAUUGA